AUGACCGGAGAGGAGGCUGAAUGGAAUGGAGAAGACCAUGUGACGAUGCCCUGUAACCGAAGACACCCAGGUAUGUGUGAGUUUCUACGUCUCCUUCCCUGUCAUGUUAUUCGGAGUGCACGAGGAGUCAAGUGUUACACAUACUUUGUAAACACUGAGUGUAACCAUGUCCCACGCCGUCACGGCCAGUCUUCUCAUCUUUUCUUUGGCCACUUAGGUUUUAUAACUUUAAAGGGGAACUUGCAUAGUAGCUGCCUGUUUGUGUGUACAGGCUGCCUGUGUAAUGUAGUGUCUUGGGUAAUGGCGGACCGUGGGGAGUGGAAACAUCAAUGGAGUGUUUUGACUAAGUGACCUCUGAUUGAGCCCCUGUAGUCAGGUGUAAUUGACCCCUGGAGUAUGACUUCUUCUAUUCCAAGCCUCAGGCAGCACCACAUUUACAUAAUACAACCUACAGACCUAGCCUCUCUGGAACCAAGGAACGAGCCAUGGGGGAGCAUGUGAAAGUACAUUGGCCGCCACCAUUGAAGCGUUCCAAUAUGAGUGAGACCAAAUGAAGCUAUAGCUUAGUUUUCAAUGGACUAUGGCCUGUUUAUAAGGUGGACAUUUAGCCAUGUAGGCCUAGCCUAUACAAUGUUUGUUUUGGCUCAAGCGGCCCAGGAAUUAAGGAAGUAAAGGACAGAGGAAGAGCUGUGUUCUCAGAACCGUCACGUUUGUUGUGUACACGAAUUACCGCUUUCAUUCUUCUAUCCAAGGCCAGGUCGUGUUAAGUGAAAUUCCAGGACUGGCUUCUCUUAGUUCGGAGACGAGGGACAAUGGGGAGCAGGAAGAGGAGACGGAGCUGUUGACUUUCUGGGGACUCAUUGUAGAGCAGACCUUGGAAAAACUGUACAAUUGCCUGCCUUGUUUGUACAGUAAUAGUACAGCGACUUAGACACACUAAAAUAGCUUCCAGAGUCUGAUUUGUCACUUGGCUCUCGUGAUACUGUUGUGAUCAGUGGCGAAGAUCGGUACUCGCUCUUGAGAUCUGUGCUCCGAUUUUAACGUCUCCCAUUUACAUGAAUAUGUGAUAUAUGCAAAAGUCCAAGUUGCACACUUAUCUCAAGUCUGAAAUAGGCACAAACUGUCUAAGUCGAAUUAAGAAAAAUACAUUCUUGGUAAUAACAAUCCCUUAACUAGCUAGCCUUUUAUAUGACAUUGGGUGCGUCUCAAUUGUAUUUCCUUGACUAAUGUCCUCUUUCCUCCUUGCCGUCUCCUCAAAACCCAUUGGAGGAGAAGGUCCUAGAGGAGGAAUCUGACCCUCUCCUCAAUGCAUUUUGAAAAGGGAGAGAGGACACGAGGAAACAAGGAACACAAUUGAGAUUCAUCCACUGUAGCCGAGUGGAGCCCAAAUCCAUCCAAAUGGUCUCACCCCCAGUGGAGUGGAACAAAGCUCAGUUGGGUUGUAAACACUGUGCCCUCAUGUAGCCUAUUUACACUGCUUCAUAGAUCUCUCACUUUCCUAUUUAAAAACGCUAUGCCAGUCUAGAAGUUUUGUGCACUUGUCCCUUACUGACACUGAGAGUGCCUGGUUUUCCUCUCAUGGGGCCCCUUGCGUAACAUCACUGUCUCCUGGUCAGUGUGAGAAAUGAGAUCAGUCUCCCACUCCAUGAACCAUAUGAUAUGGUUCACCUUCUUACAUCUGAUGGAAAUGGCAAAGGUACAGCUCAUUUUGCAGUCUGUUCCCAAAUCCAAUUUACUCAGUUAUUUAGCAGUGUUAUUUGAGACAAGUUGUCUGGUUGUACUCAGUAAGGCGAAGCAGUGUGCACAAGCACAGUUCCAAGGAGUCAGUUGUUGGUAAACACAUAGCUGUCACAGAACAUGUGGUUGCAAUAGGUAUGUACAGGUCUGCCAAAAUAAUGGAACCGCUUGAGUUAAUGAGGGAUACAAAGUAUAUUGUAAGCAGGUGCUUCCACACAGAUGUGGUUCCUGAGUUGAUUAAGCAAUUAACAUCCCAUCAUGCUUAGGGUCAUGUAUAAAAAUUAUAUUGGCUACCAUGGCUAUGUCCCCAUAGGAUGACAAUGCCCCCAUCCACAGGGCAUGAGUGGUCACUGAAUGGUUUGAGAACAUGAAAACCAUGUAAACCAUAUGUCAUUGCAGUCUUGUCACCAGAUCUCAACCCAUUUGAACACUUAUGGGAGAUUCUGGAGCUGCGACUUAGAUUUUUCCACCACCAUCAACAAAACACCAAAUGAUGGCGUUUCUCGGGGAAGAAUGGUGUCUCAUCCCUCCAAUAGAGUUCCAGACACUUGUAGAAUCUAUGCCAAGGUGUAUUGAAGCUGUUCUGGCUCAUGGUGGCCCAACGCCCUAUUAAGACACUCUGUGUUGGUGUUUCCUUUAUUUAGGCAAUUACAUGUAUGUUCCUUCUGUACUUUUACUCUUUACCUCAACACCUCCGUGUACUUGUCAGUCAUCACAUUAUAUGGCUGUCUUGCUCUUCCACGACCUUGUCGCUGCAGGGGUGCCUAAUAUGUUGUGCCUCCUUGUCGCUCUCCCCUCGUCUUUCCAUUUGGCCCCUCUAAGUACGUCAGCAACUCCUCCCUCUCACGACUUGAGUUUGUAGUGCCUGCCUGUCUACUGUUCAGAAGUUGAAAGCUUUUACUGUAAGAGGACGGACACGAGUGCUCUUCAUAGACAAAUAAUGAUUAUAGGUCGUGAAGGAUCCUACGGCAAGAAUGUGUUACAGAAUAUGGGAACAGUGUUGCAAUUAGAGGAUACUGUACUUGAUACACAGUAAAACGUUUUUUUCAUAAUUGUAUGAUAGGCUACGCGUUUUUAUUUUACGAACAGGAUACUUUAUUUUCUAGCUGCCUAUUUUAUAAUGCCGCGAAGGAGAUAGGUCGACAACAUACUGUCGAAUAUCUAUUGAGUUCGUUGGACUAAUAAGUGUUGACCAUGGUCGGAGUGGAGUGAGCCUUUUCGAGGAUAUUUGGCGCCGCCGGUCUCAUCAAGUAUCGGUCUACUGUUCGGUGGUCCAGUCAUGACGCUCGGUAGUGUGUCUGCCACCCGGAGCUCGGCGGAGGGCUGCUUCUGCUCCUGCUGCGGAGCGAAGAUGAUGCCCUACUUCUCCGACAACGGAGUUGUGUCUCAGAACCAGAUCAACCAACUGUGAGUUGUAAAUUUUUGCGACGAAAAUUUUUGUGGUUAAAAUUAAGAUAAUUCCCCACUAGAUUAUUUUCCCCAUGUAGUGGACAUGGGAUAUCGAAGGAUGUAUGGAUACAUUUCAGAUUUAUUUACUUUAGCUCAGUUGUCACUAGUCUCAGAUGUUGCAACAUUGUUGUGAAGGAAUCUGACACAUUUCUAAUAACGGUGUGACAGUCCAUCCUGACUGCAUGUAUUUCCCGAGAGUGACGUAACAGGAUGCAAGUAAUCUUGACAGGUCUUCCUCUCUUGGUUGAGAAAUUAUAGCACAAUGGGUUAUCCUUGAUAAUUGCGUGGCGCGAGAUCUGAAUCAUCUACCUGGCUGUCUACAAACUGGUCUGACAAAUCCUGUGAGUCAGUCAGUCAGAUAUCCAUAUAAAGCAACAGUGUCUGCUCUAUAAAGCCAGAGAAUCAGCCUGCCAGUCUCACUUGACCCCCCCCCCCCCUCCCCCUUUUGAUUUUGUGCUUCUUUAAUAACACAUAGAGAUAUAUUAAAUCAAAUUGAUUUAUAGCUUAUUAUCAAUUAUAUUUUGGCUGAUGUGUUUUCUGGUUGUUAUAUUACGUGUCCUGAGAAAAUAUUCUAUAGCGUAUCUAUCCAUCCAUCCAUCCAUCCAUGUUUUUGAGUUGAAGCUCUUUGUUCUGAAGCUUGCAGCCAUUCUAACUAGGCUAAUUGGCUGAGAUGUUCUUACUUGGGCCUCUGUUUUAUACAGUGUGAGACCAGUCCCAGAGACUGAUUUGAUAGCUGGCUUGUAGUACAGGUGUGAACAUAAUACAGGAAUGAUUAGAACUCACCCGUUAAAGGGAGUGCUUUGAAUACUGAGAAAUAACCUACCUGAUGAAGGGUAGUUAGUGGGUUGUAUUUGUAUGUGUUUUGAUUGUUGGGUAGGAAGGCACUCAAGUAAGGGCACUUGUAUUUACAGGUGUAAAUCCAUCAGAUGAAUAAAAGUUUAGUCAAGUUGUUAGUGUUAAUAUGUUGGGACUAUCCUAGACACCCUUGCUCCAUAGUUUUAGUCAAGGCUAGUAGUAGUAGUAGUAGUCCAUCAAUACGGACCUGAUCAGUGUUUUUGGAUGAACCAACGCUAUAUGCUUGACUCAAAAAGCCCAUAUCUGCGUUGCAAAUACCGUACCAUCAAAGCUGCAAUGAAAAUGUUAAAAAAAAAAAAAAAUCACAUAUCACAUUCCCCUGUGACAAUGAUUGGCUGUUCAGACCAUGUUGGUCAGACCCUACUGAUUUUGCGUUGAUUGACCAUUUUGCUCUGAGAGUCUGCUAAAUGAAGACAUGCAAAUGUGUUGUAUGCUGUCCAUAUACUCACUUUGCACUGGUUUCUAUGGCAUACAUGGGUAGUAUUACUACUUAUUUGCUUAUGGGGGAGAUUAGAUAUCAUUGGGUACUUCAGGAGUGGAUGCCUUGUAUUUCCUCACUCACUAGUUCACUGUAUGGGUGUGUGACAAGGGCAGUUAUCCUUAUUUUAUGGCCUAGACUAGUUUGUCAUUUGAAUAGCCUAGACUUUGUUUGUCUUCAUCUGAAACACACAUACUCGCUCUCUCGCUGACGCGCACAGGCACUUGUAUGCCAUAAACGGCACCAGAUGUAAGAAAGCAAACUUCCUUGUUUUGGAGGAAAACUUUGGCCAGGUUUUAGUAUGUUUUCUCUUAGCCUUUUCAUGGUGGGCAAACAACCACCUAUUGGCUAUAUGAUGGCCUCCUUUCCUCGACAUCUCUGUCAAACCAACCGAUCCAGAAAAUCUUUGGGUUUUGACAGUAUUUUGAUUUACAAACCGAUUUGUUAAUAGUGUGUAACCAUGCUAGAAAUAGACAGAGGAAUGCCUGUGUGUCAGAAAUACUUUUAAUGUUUAACCAUGGGCUGGGCUAAUUGCAGGUUUACAGUGUUUGGCUACCUGCUGGAAACCUGAAAUCCUAAAGAGGUAUUGUCCCACUAAUAAUUUAGAAUGCUACCCCCCUUCGCUGUAUACCAAACACAUAUGCUGCUUUACUGUUAUUCUGGGGAAAAUAAAUAUGAAUGUGACUCACUUUAAGGGUGUAUGUAAAGAUUGGCAGCCAUACAAGGAAGCCAGAUUUAAGUUGUGUGUGUGUGUGAUGUGAUUGUUUGUCAUUAGUAGUAUCCAUGAACAUCGGUAAACACUAAACAGAACAGGAGACAUUGAUGUUACAGGUCUGGUUCAUCAGCAGUUUAGUGAGAUGUUACCAUGACGGUGCUACUAGUGGUGCACUAUCUAGAGAAUGGGGAUGUGACAAAUGUACAAUUGUUCUUAAUGUUUAAACUGCAAAAACAUUUAUAUUGUUUAAACAAUAAGAAAAAAUCCCCAAAAUUACGUGAAUUCACAAUUCAGAUGUGAUCCUGCGUAUGACCGCUAGGGGGCAAUGCAGUUCAUUCUACCGCAGUCCUGGCAACUUACCAGACGGCGCGCACCUUACUGCUGUCCCCCACCCCUCAGAAACGAUGGUAGUUAAUGCCGUUUUAGGUUCUCUGCUGUGUCCCUCUCCUCCAUUUUCUCAGUUGUUAGCCCAUGGGACUUCAUGUCCCAUUUCUCAUCAAUGUGAUGGCUCGUUGUGAUGUAUGACAGCAAUCCUACAAUCUGUCGUCAACGCCACGUAUGGUGUUUGAAUGUUUGCGCUUUAUACUUGCAGAACAAUCAUUGUACAAUUUCUCCAUCCAGGCCGUCACGGUUUUUCGACAUGGCAUCGGUCUUUGUUCUAGAUAUUUACAUUUACAUUUUAGUCCUCUGUAGCUCAGCUGGUAGAGCACGGCGCUUGUAACGCCAAGGUAGUGGGUUCGAUCCCCGGGACCACCCAUACACAAAAAUGUAUGCACGCACGACUGUAAGUCGCUUUGGAUAAAAGCGUCUGCUAAAUGGCAUAUUAUUAUUAUUAUUAUUAGUCAUUUAGCAGACGCUCUUAUCCAGAGCGACUUACAGUUAGUGAAUACAUAUUUUUUUUAUACUGGCCCCCCGUGGGAAUCGAACCCACAACCCUGGCGUUGCAAACGCCAUGCUCUAUCAACUGAGCUACAUCCCUGCCGGCCAUUCCCUCCCCUACCCUGGACGACGCUGGGCCAAUUGUGCGCCGCCCAUGAGUCUCCCGGUCGCGGCCGGCACCGACAGAGCCUGGAUACGAACCAGGAUCUCUAGUGGCACAGUUAGCACUGCGAUGCACUGCCUUAGACCACUGCUAUCAGGGCAGUGAAGACGACAUCCUCUACCAUUGACAAUGGCUGCAUAUCAACUGCAAUCAUUUCUGUAAUCAGCACCGUGAUUUUCUCACUACUGCCAGAAACGGGUUUCAUGGUGACUCCCUUUCAGAUGGUUGUACUGCCCCUGUAGCUCAAUUUCACCUUGCAAAGUUAGCAUUUAUUUCACCACCUUUUCAUUUAACUUUAUCAAAGUAUUGCCAUACAGAACUUCGCUGCUGUCACUUCCCUGUCUCACUCGGACAUUUUUCCAACUGUUUACGACGAAGAAGUGCGAAGCGCUUUAUAACCAAGCAAAUCAUUUGAAAGAUUCAUAUCUCCUCCUAGUAAUGUUACAUCAUUGUUGCAUAAGGUAUUUGUAGAAUUUUUCCUUUAUGAUGAUGAUCAAGACCUGUUGGUGUUAGUUUUGUGAUAAAUGCACUGUUUUUCGUUUAGGGAUUUUUUGUAACUGGCAACGAUCCCAAUGUUUAAACGUUCACACCCCGAGUAGGGAAUAGGGUGCCAUUUGGGACACCCCUAGUAGGGAAUAGGGUGCCAUUUGGGACACCCCUAGUAGGGAAUAGGGUGCCAUUUGGGACGCAGUUUUGAUUUGAACACAGGCUGCUUUCUAACAUCUCAGCGUUGAUGGAACCCCACCUUAAUUCCAGUGGAUUGGAGUUAGAUGUAGGUGGUGCUACUCCUCUCAGAAUAGUCCUGAGGCCUUUAACUGAAUGCCUCUGUCCCUGUGAUGCAGCCCUAUGAGGAAGCUAGGUCUGCUUACCGGAAUUAGUCCUGAGCCUGACUGAACUUACUAGGAAACUCGGACUCGAGACUCCAACUCCAAUCCAGCUCUAGAAACACACUCACAGGUUGUCAGUUUAUCUUUAGCCUUGCUCUGUAACUUUCUCUGUCACUCUCUCUGUCUAGCUCUCUGUCGCUCUCGCAGGGUCUCUCUCUCUGUCGCUCUCUCUCUCUCAGGGUCUCGCUCGCUCUCUCUCUCUCUCUCUCUCUCUCUCUCUCUCUCUCUCUCUCUCUCUCUCAUAAUUAUCUCCCCUCGUCCGUUAGGUUACUCUUGCUUUGUAUUUAAACAUAGCUCGCUAAUUCACAUCUCUGUGUGAGUGCAUGCAUGCACAUGUCUCUCAUUGCCUAAUCUGUACCUUAGGAAGUGCUAGAAUGCAGCACUGCUGUCCACCGCCUCCCACCUCUCUCUCUCCCACCACCACAGCCCUUAUCUUUCUGGCUUGACCUCAUAGAGCCUUCAGCAGCGCCGGCCAGGCCUCUGCAGCCUGGGCCUAUAUUUAUCCCUCCUUUAGUUAGAGUGGGACUAAUAUGGGCAGGGACAGGGGGGGGAGAUGUCAGUCCCACACACAUCUUUUUGGGAGUGGGAGGAGAGUGGGGCGCUAGGCUAUCAGAGAACGGCCCCUUACAUAGUGAUGAUUGUGUCUGUACCCUAACAAGUACUGCCCUGUGCUGCAUGCCAAAAGAUGACCCUCCCUCCCUCCCUUCCCUACUUGUCUGUCUGUCUGUCUGUCUGUCUGCGGGAAGAGGAGAGUAUUCCCUUACAUGUCUGUACAGUAAAAUGUCAGCCAGGGCAAAAUUCCGGAGUGUCGCCUCGGCCUCAAUGCCCUCUGCUGCUGUCCUGCUGCCCAUAGACAUGAAUCAGGGCCAAAGUGGCUCUAGUCUAGAGUGGCUCACUUUCUACCAUCAUACAGCCACACUUGUUAUUUCCGCUGUUAGGGUCUGCACCCAUAGGGCUCUGGUCAAAAGUAGUGCACUAUGUAGGGAAUAGGGUGUCAUUUGGGACUCAGCCAUAGUGGUGAUUCAGAACACUGUAGCAUAGUCAGAAUAGUUCUGAAAUAUUUACGACGGACCGUGUAUGAGUUUCAAACUAUAUUGGGGAAAUGAUCAGCAGUAGCCUUAUCAGUUGUUGAGGUGUGGAUAAUAUUUCACAUUGGAACCAGUUACACUGAGUGUUCUAGCUAGCUAGUGGACAACAAUGCCUCUUUUGUCUACUGAUCUGACUGUUGGGUUUAUCUUACACAGUAAAGAUACACCUGAAGGGGAUUUCAUGUGCUUCAUUUGAAUGUGAGGUACAGUGGCUGAUCAAGGCAGUCUAGUCUAUAGUUAUUUAUAGUCAUUUAGAAAAUGACAAUAUAUUUUUAGCAACGGUAAAGAGCCACUUGACAGUGAUGUACAGUACCAGUCAAAAGUUUGGACACACCUACUCAUUCCAGGUUUUUUCUUUUAUUUAUACUAUUUUCUACAUUGUAGAAUAAUAGUGAAGACAUCACAAUUACGAAAUAACACAUAUGGAAUCAUGUAGUAACCAAAAAAGUGUUAAACAAAUCAAAAUAUGUUAUAUUCGAGAUUCUUCAAAAUAGCCACCCUUUGCCUUGAUGACAGCUUUGCACACUCUUGGCAUUCUCUCAACCAGCUUCACAUGGAAUGCUUUUCCAACAGUCUUGAAGGAGUUCCCACAUAUGCUGAGCACUUGUUGGCUGCUUUUCUUUCACUCUGUGGUCCGACUCAUCCCAAACCAUCUGAAUUUGGUUGAGGUCGGGGGAUUGUGGAUGCCAGGUCAUCUGAUCCAGCACUCCAUCACUCUCCUUCUUGGUCAAGUAGCCCUUACACAGCCUGGAGGUGUGUUUGGUCAUUGUCCUGUUGAAAAACAAAUGAUAGUCCUGCUAAGCCCAAACCAGAUGGGAUGGCAUAUCGCUGCAGAAUGCUGUGGUAGCCAUGCUGGUUAAGUGUGCCUUGAAUUCUAAAUGAAUCACAGACAGUGUCACCAGCAAAGCACCCCCACACCAUAACACCUCCUCCUCCAUGCUUUAUGGUGGGAAAUACACAUGCGGAGAACAUCCGUUCACCCACACCGCGUCUCACAAAGACACGGCGGUUGGAACCAAAAAUCUCAAAUUUGGACUCCAGACCAAAGGACACAAUUCCACCAGUCUAAUGUCCAUUGCUCGUGUUUCUUGGCCCAAGCAAGUCUCUUCUUAUUAUUGGUGUCCUUUAGUAGUGGUUUCUUUGCAGCAAUUUGACCAUGAAGGCAUGAUUCACACAGUCUCCUCUGAACAGUUGAUGUUGAGAUGUGUCUGUUAGUUGAACUCUGAAGCAUUUAUUUGGGCUGCAAUUUCUGAGGCUGGUAACUCUAAUGAACUUAUCCUCUGCAGCAGAGGUAACUUCCAUUCCUGUGGCGGUCCUCAUGAGAGCCAAUUUCAUCAUAGCGCUUGAUGGUUUUUGUGACUGCACUUAAAGAAACUUUCAAAGUUCUUGACAUUUUCCGUAUUGACUGACCUUCAUGUCCUAAAGUAAUGAUGGACUGUCGUUUCUGUUUGCUUAUUUUAGGUGUUCUUGACAUAAUAUGGACUUAGUCUUUUACCAUAUAGGGAUAUCUUCUGUAUACCCCCCUACCUUGUCACAACACAACUAAAUGGCUCAAACACAUUAGGAAGGAAAGAAAUUCCACAAAUUAACUGUUAAGAAGGCACACCUUAUAAUUGAAAUGCAUUUCAGGUGACUACCUCCAUGAAGCUGGUUGAGAGAAUGCCAAGAGUGUGCAAAGCUGUCAUCAAGGCAAAGGGUGGCUAUUUGAAGAAUCUCAAAUAUAUUUUGGUUACUACAUGAUUCUAUAUGUGUUAUUUCAUAGUUUUGAUGUCUUCACUGUUAUUCUACAAAAUAAAAAAAUAGUACAAAUAAAGAGAAACCCUUGAAUGAGUAGAUGUGUAACUUUUGACUGGUACUGUAUGUCUGGCUACCUAGUUUUGGAUUCCUACGCUGGCGGGAGGUGCAAAGCAAAGCUCUCCGCUAAGGGGUCAGUGUUGUAUUACACUUGGCAUUGUGUGCUGCUGCUGCCUGCUGGAGCUUUGCACUGUCUGUCUGCUGCCUGUGGUUCUGUCUGUCUGUUUCUGAAAGCUACUCAUCAAUUUCAAGUGUCUCGUAGUGGAAAACGCAAGGUGAAUGCUUUACUCUCUCUCUCGCACACGCACUCACGAACAUACUGGACACACCAUGUGAGGUGCUGCGCUCCUCCUCCUCCUUCCUGCCCUGUGCGGGUGUGUGCUAAACCCCAUGGUUCACACAUUAUUAGAUACAGCUGUACAGUAUGCGUGAAACGGAGAGAGGUAUGAAGAAAGAGAGAGGUAUGAAGAAAGAGAGAGGUAUGAAGAAAGAGAGAGGUAUGAAGAAAGAGAGAGGUAUGACGAAAGAGAGAGGUAUGACGAAAGAGAGGUAUGACGAAAGAGAGCGGUAUGAAGAAAGAGAGCGGUAUGAAGAAAGAGAGCGGUAUGAAGAAAGAGCGAGGUAUGACGAAAGAGCGAGGUAUGACGAAAGAGCGAGGUAUGACGAAAGAGAGAGGAAGGGUGAAGUAGAAGGAGGAAACAGCUGGGUCAGGGGUGAGUGGGUCAGGAAGGGAAAUGAGCUCGCUCUUGGUUUGUUUUCGUUCUGCUUCUGGUCCAGAUGUGUCCCCUCACUCCUCAGAUUGCACAGCCUCUCUAGCACGUCACCCCCAUGCUUCUGCUAUUCGGCUCAUCGUUGCAAAUUUCCCCAUCCUGUGUCUGUCUGUGAGGAAGGACCGGAGGACACAGACAGUACUGACUCUGUGCCUCCCAAUCAUCCACGGUAGAUGUGAUUGUGUGGUGGAAAUGAGGCUGACUGUAGAUGUAGAGCAGUACUUGGGGCAGGGUUGUUACAGAAGGUUUAGCCUAGUAGCAGCUCUUCAUCAAGACACACUUCACAUGAGGGCCAAUGAGGCACAUGGUGUCUUUUGGUAGCCAAGGCCUAUAUCAGUCACCUGUCACUUUAAGUCUUCAGUAGGUCUCCUCGCCCUUUAAUGAUUUGAGUUAAGGUCAGUGUGCCACCGUGUGAGAUUCUGUAGAGUAUAUGUUCUGUGUUGUGGAGAUAUAGGCUACACACUCGUGUACGCGCACACACACACACACACACACACACACACUCUCCAUCAGCUAGUAUCCCCUGUAGAUCGUGUGACCUCGCCAAUUGUUCUAGUGUGAUGGUGUGCUGUGUACUAUAGUUAAUGUGAUUAUGUGGCACCACAGCGGGAGCUCUGCUCUGUCUGAGCCAGCUGUGCAAGGGAGGAGCGUGGGGGGGCUCUAACUGCCCCUCAGCUCUACCCCUAGCCUCCAGCCUCCAGCCUCCAGCCUCCAGCCUCCAGCCCCCAGCUGUUAGGGGGAUGCGUCCUGGCCAGAGGGGAACAUUGUGUUCUGUGUUGGAGUGCACGUGGCUGUUUAUUACAUGUAGCUACACAGACUGAGUAGUAGCUGCCGCCUGGACCACAUGCUGUUGUUGCUCUUCAAACUGACUUAUGAAGAUUAAAGCUCUGUGUGUGUGUGAAUCCCUAGCCCGGAACGUUCUGUUAGCGUCUGUCUCUGGCCCAUCUGUGACCCUGUGUUUUCUCUCUCCAAUUAGCAUCAGCGAGAGCUUCCUGACGGUGAAGGGCGCCGCCGUCUUCCUGCCUCGGGGAAAUGGCUCCUCCCCUUCCUCGGCGCCCAACAUCAGCCAGCGGCGGAAUAAACACACAGGUAUGCCCUCCCACUAAUGGAUGGACUGACUGACUGACUGACUGACUGACAAUAAACCAACCAACAAACAGACAACCAUAGGACAGGGGUGAGUUCAGUAGGAAAAUGUUAUGGAACGUUGCAGAUAGAAAUGCCACAAAUAGAGCCAACAUGAUACUUUACUUCACAUGUCAGAGAGGCCUGUCUGUUCAGCUCUUUAUAACAUAGAAAUGUUCCACAACAUUGUCGUGUUGAACGCACCCCAAUACUCAACACAGACUCAUGGGAAACUGACACUGCCCCAACAUGAGGCCAAACCAUAGUGCUGCUUAUCAUUGGAAUGCAGCAGGCAUUCUACAGUGUUGAGGGAACCAACACUUGCACCAGAGCAGAGCUGUCCAGUUCAAUUGACCCCAUAUCUGUUACAAUAUGACACAGGUGGUCCACUGACUGCAUGCUGCCAUAGAGUUGCUAUUUAGGCGUGUGUUUUUCCAUACCAGUGUCCUUGUGCUCAAGGGCAGAGAUAAUUGUUGUAAGUGUGUGUGCCUGUACUUGUGGGAAGGCUACUCUCUGCUCUGCUAGGUUUGCUAGGAGAUUUUCCCAACUCUGUUAGUAGGAUGUACCAGCCCUAGAUGCAUUUUAUUUUUCUUGUUUUUAGUGACAAAUGUCCUUUUGGCCCUUGUAGUAGUAAUUGUGGGAAAACGCUCUCAAGUGAAGGACACUUUCUGUUACUUCGGCUGCAUUUGAAUGUAAAUGUUUUUCCGAGCUGUAUUUGGAGUUUCUAGAAGUGUUUAAUCAGACAAACUGUCUUUUUGUAUGUCUGCAUAAGGUGGACUAACUUCACCCAGAGGAGGAAUGAGUAGGAGCAGAUGGCGUGCAAUGUGUACGAUACUGCUAGUGAACUGAACUCUUUGUCUCGCUCGCUCUUUCUCUUUCCUUCCUCAGGUGACCUCCAGCAGCACCUGCAGACCAUGUUCACUGUGCUGCGGCCAGAAGACAACAUCCGCCUGGUACGUCAUCUCACUCUCGCUUCACAUUCAUAUUCAUUCACAUGGCAGAUAAAUGAGUCUAGAACUAUUCUGAUGAAUACUUCCAAAAGCAGAGGGAUUGAUCAGGGGUUAUUCUUCUCCCUCUCUCGCUCUCGUCUUCCCUAAGGCUGUGCGCCUGGAGAGCGCGUACGCUCAGCCUCAGGGCACGCGCUACAUGGUGGUGGUGUCCACCAAUGGGAGACAGGACACAGAGGAGAGUGUGGUGCUGGGCAUGGACUUUGGCUCCUCAGACAGGUUAGUAGUUAGUACCACUGCAUGCGGUGUGUGUGUGUGUGUUAGAGAGACCCACCUCUUUGGAGGUGUGUGUAACAUCUUUAACAGCUGUGUAUUCUUCUCCUACAGCUCAUGCACAGUGGGGCUGGUUCUACCCCUGUGGAGCGACACACUGAUCCACUUGGAUGGAGAUGGGUAAGAAGAGCGAUACUACACCCGUUUCCUCCUUCCUGCAUUAACUGUAGUUCUUCUGCCCAGUGGGACUGUCACAUAACCUGUCUGUUUGUCUCUGUCUGUCUCUGUAGGGGCUUCAGUGUGUCCACGGUCAACAGGGUCCAUGUCUUCAAACCAGUCUCUGUCCAGGCCAUGUGGUGAGCACUCCUCCUUUCUCUCCUGUCAUCUCAUCCCCCUCUCGUUUACUCUGACUUGUCCCCUCUUUUAUCUGUUGUUUAUCCUGUUAUCACUCUCUCUCUCCCUCUUCCUCCCUUUCUCUCCUUCCCCCUCCUCUUCUUACCUCUCCACCUCCCCCUGUGCCCCCCAGGUCUGCCCUGCAGUCGCUCCACAAGGCGUGCGAAGUGGCCCGCUGUCACAACUACUACCCUGGCAGCCUGUUCCUGACCUGGGUCAGCUACUACCAGAGCCAGGUCUCCUCUGACCAGGUCUGCAUCAACGAGUGGAACGCCAUGCAGGACGUCCAGUCCCACCGCGCCAACUCGCCCGUCCUCUUCACCGACGUGUGAGUGUACCAGUCAGUCACACACACACUUCCAUAUUAAGCAACUGUAGUGAGGUCUUGUGAGGGUUAGGUCACCUGGACUCAUACCAACUUCUCUCCCAAAGAAAACAACAUUGCCCAAUUACCAGUGCAGUCUCAUCUGCUUCCCUUGUUGCCACAACACCCAGCUUCAGGCAGACUUCCCAGGACCCCUGCGAUCUUUGCCUUAGAGACCAGAGGUCAAACACACACAGAGCUCUCAGCAUUACCUCGUCAUGACCGAGAUAUCAACAAUCUGCUGUAGCAAGAGGAUGCAGCUCGGAGAUUUAUGUCUGUAUUAACCGGGGAAAUUCCCCACCCAGAAGCAAUCAGGUGUUCCUGCUCGUUUAGGGGGGCCUAUCUAUAACGCCAGAACUAGGCGUGCAUGCCAGCAGCGUCUAAAAUAGCCCGCUCUCCGUGACAGCUUUAGUUAUGCAUGGAAAAAGUUGCUAGACAGAUAGGUAGACGAGCGGACGGAUGGACAGAAGCAGGUGGCCGAGGGCAGUCGGAGCGAAGGAGAGGAUGGAAGGAUGACAGGGGGGGUAAUUGAGUAGAAAUAAUAGCACUCAAACACGUUGGAAGACAUUUUAAGUGGAGGAAUUGACUGAGUGACACCGAGGCUGGGGAAAGAGGUCAAACCCAAACCGUUUAAAGGUAUUUUACUGGAGAGAUGAGAGUAAGCCUCUCCCUCCGCAUUGACAUCAAACGUCCCAGCUAGCCUUAAGCCUAGCCAUGCAGUGGAAAUAUGUACACACACACACACACCCUGGUUAGGCUUGGGUACUUUGCACACACACUUAAAGGCAGACAAUGCGAGUGUUAGUCAAUCCUGUUGGGGUCACUGCCAAAGCUAAGAUACCUGUCGAUGACAGACAGACGUCAUAUUUGCCUUUGCUUUUUACACAUUCAUUUUAUUCAGUAUUGAGGGCUCGCUCUGACGUGGAGGAUUUGACCCACAUUUGUCCCUGCAAAUAUGUGCGAUAGAGGUUGAAUGUGUGUAGUUGCAUACAGUGUAGUGCUUAUGACUGUAGUGUGUUGGGGUCAAUUCCAUUUCAAUUCAGGUGUUCAACUGAAAUUCCAAUGGAUUCCAAUUCCGAGUGUACUUCCUGACCCCUAUCCUUGUGUUCAUUGGCACGUGCGUGUGCUAUUCAGAGAGCUCAGACUCUCCUGGCAUAGCCAGUAACCCAACCCCGGCAGUAGCUCGGUCUCUUCUUGGAAGGUGCAACAAGUUUCAAGUGCCCAAACCCUUUCCUCAAGAGGUCAAUCAAGUCUUUGUUUCUAUAAACAAGCUACCCCUGGCUCUUUCUGAUGUUCCAAUAAGGACGUGUCAUCAUAAUAAGCAUGACGGGUCAUCAGACUGGGACAACAACACAAAGACCCAACACACACCUGCUGCUGCUGCACAAUCAUGUUGACUGUUGUGGGAGCAUAGCCACUGACCUACAUUGCGGUGUAAAUUGUGAAGAGAGGUGAUUUGGUUGGAGAGGGAGCGAAAGAGAGAGGGGGAACAGAGGGAAAGAGAGGGGCAACUGUCAGGGAUGGAGGGAGGAAAGAGAGAGAGAGGGGGAACAGAGGGAAAGAGAGAGGGGCAACCGUCAGGGAUGGAGGGAGGAAAGAGAGAGGGGGAACAGAGGGAAAGAGAGAGGAGCAACCGACAGGGAUGGAGAGAGGAAAGAGAGAGAGGGGCAACCGACGGGGAUGGAGGGAGGGAAGAGAGAGGGGGAACAGAGGGAAAGAGAGAGGGGCAACCGACGGGGAUGGAGGGAGGGAAGAGAGAGGGGGAACAGAGGGAAAGAGAGAGGGGCAACCGACGGGGAUGGAGGGAGGGAAGAGAGGGGGAACAGAGGGAAAGAGAGAGGGGCAACCGUCAGGGAUGGAGGGAGGAAAGAGAGAGGGGGAACAGAGGGAAAGAGAGAGGGGCAACCGACAGGGAUGGGGGAUAGAGAGUGUGAUAGAGGGAACAGAGCGAGAGAGGGGGGAAGAACAGAAGGGGGUCUCAUGGGACCUAAUCAGGGCAUGUUGCCCUUAGCGCUGCGCAAGUGGCUAAAUGUGUCCUCUAAAUGCAGUUAGAGAGAGAGGGGAGGGCAGGGACUCGUCAUUAUAACAAGAACAUAAAAUCUGGACUUCAACUGAGUUCUGUGGAUUUGUAUGAUGUGGAGACAGUUUUUGCUCUUUUCAAACCAGAGGCGCUAAGUGGCUUUAGUGAGUUCCUGUAAGUCAUAUUUAGUGUGGUGUGUGUGAAGCUGUUCUGGGUGAGCGGUAAAUUGAGCCCCCAUAACCUUCUGAGGUAGACUGAUGUGUGUGUGUGUCCUGAGAGGUGUACUUAGGGUGUGUGUUUCUUGUGUGUCCACAGGCCCACAGAGAGGGAGCGCACGGAGAGGUUGAUCAAGACUCGCCUCAGAGAGAUUAUGAUGCAGAAAGACCUGGAGAAUGUCACCUCCAAAGAGGUGGGUGAAAGACGUUGGCACACACACACACUACUGGUUCUAACAGGUUAUAUACUGGUUAUAAUGGGUUCUCUACUGGUUCUAAUGGGUUCUCUACUGGUUCUAAUGGGUUCUCUACUGGUUCUAAUGGGUUCUUUACUGGUUCUAAUGGGUUUUUUACUGGUUCUUCAGAUUCGCACAGAGCUGGAGAUGCAGAUGGUGUGCAACCUUCGGGAGUUCAAGGAGUUUAUUGACAACGAGAUGAUAGUCAUCCUGGGCCAGAUGGACAGCCCCACGGAGAUCUUUGACCAUGUUUACCUGGUAAGAACGCGGUCAAGGACUGCAUGGCACCCUAUUCCCUAUAUAGUGCACUACUUUUAAGUCGUCUUGCUCUUUUUGUCCCUUUUUCUGCCUGUUUGUCUGUUGCUGAUAUCCUUAAUAUAAUCUGUCGAGUUUGACUGAAUUCUGUUUUGUGUCCAGGGCUCUGAGUGGAACGCUUCUAACUUGGAGGAGCUGCAGAACAGCGGGUAAGAGACCAUUCUGAGUUGCCUAUGAUCAUGUCAGACUGUUGGUUACUGUGAUAGUUACAGCACAGUUUCAGUAAUGAGUAGAAGUUACAACGAGUAACGUUCUCCGUUUCACUCCUUCAGUGUGAGGUACAUCCUCAACGUGACGCGGGAGAUUGACAACUUCUUCCCAGGCAUGUUUGAGUACCACAACAUCCGCGUGUACGAUGAGGAGGCCACCAACCUGCUGGAGUACUGGAACGACACCUACAAGUUCAUCACCAAGGCCAAGUAAGCACUCUGAUUUGAUGCACUUAAUUAGGUGUCCUUGAGUGUCUUGAAAGGCAUCUGUCGAAUAAAAUGUAGUAUUAUUAAGUAGGUUUUAAGAGGAUUCUCUUUCAUUUUAGAACUGUUUUUGUUAAGUUUAAUUUUUUUUGCAUAUUUGUUUUUAGCAUUGUUCUUUUUAGCAAGUUAUCUAUAACGGGGUAUUCAACUCUGACUCUACGAGGUCCGGAGCCUGCUGGUUUGAUGUUCUACCUGAUCAUUAUUUGCACCCACCUGUUGUCUCAGGUCUAAAUAAGUCCCUGAUUAGAGGACAACAAUGAAAACAAGCAGUGGAACUGGCUUUGAGGUUGAGUUGGGUUGGAAGGGUGUAUACCAUAAGACAUUAUAUCAAUACAAGAUACAAUACUGUAUAUCAUAAUCAGUUUGUCCUCUGCAUGCCUGUCUUUGUCCUCCUGUGUACUCCCUCUCCUCUAACCCAAUGCCCUGUGUCCCCCUAUAAGGAAAGCAGGGGCUAAGUGCCUGGUCCACUGUAAGAUGGGUGUGAGUCGCUCUGCCUCCACGGUGAUAGCCUACGCCAUGAAGGAGUACGGCUGGGACCUGGAGAAGGCCUUCGAUUACGUCAAGGAGCGCCGCGCCGUCACCAAGCCCAACCCUUCCUUCAUGAAGCAGCUGGAGGAGUACCAGGGUAUCCUGCUGGCCAGGUAGGCACAGGAGAGCACAGACGCGCACACACACAGCUCUCACAACCUGGGCCACACACACACACAGCUCUCACAACCUGGGCCACACACACACACAGCUCUCACACAGACACCUGGCUCUGCAUUGACUAUUUUCAGUGUACAUGAUGGAAUGAAGACAAAUGUACGAUUUGUGUUUGUUUCUUCUCAUCUUUCAUCCGUCUUUCUCUGCAGUAAACAGAGGCACAACAAGUUGUGGCGCUCCCACUCGGACAGCGACCUCUCAGAGCGCCACGAAUCUCCGCUGUGUAAACGGGCCCUCACAGCCACUCCCUGGGCCGCUCGGACCCCCACAACAACACAAUGGCCCCACGCCCUACCUGCAACACUUCCUGCUCCAGGCGCUUGGAGCCGCCAAUGACCCUGACAACAAGACCGAGGGCGCCCACAUCUCAGACACACACUCGGAGCCCGUCCGACUCACCCGCUCACACUCCCACCCUCCUGGCCCAUCAGCCUCCGACGGUCUGUGUGACUCCCGGGAGAACCUAUAUUCUCGAGGGCGAAGACCCCACCAGGACCCCUUCCUCCCGCCGCUGCCUAGGCCGCGGGCGGCCACGGUGGUGCCCGAGGAGAGAAUGGACAACUCGGCGCUGGUGGCCGUGACGGUGCCAGUCACUGCCGUCCCUCAUCCUCCCCCCUCACUGCAUAUCCUCCCUCCUUCUCCCUUCCCCCAGCCACUGGCCAAAUCCCUCCAUCUAGGUUUGAGCACACAGCUGUCCAGUCCUGUACCUAAACAGAAAGCCCAGUGUGUAGCGCUGGCCCUCGAUCUGCCUGACCUCAGCAGCUCUGAAGUCGUAUCUCAAGCCACCCUGGAGUCCAGCGAUGACUCGGACACCCUGUCAGACCCGCUGAGCGAGAGGGGGGACAGUGUCAGUAUGGCGUCCCCAGGGAUCCCCGUGGCCGUGAGCCCUCUCACCCCAAUAACGCCUCUGUCUUUAGGACCCUACGCCAACGAUGACAACAACAACCCCAGCGGCGGCGGUGACACAGACACUAUCCUCGCUAACCCCGUCGACGCCACAUGCGUUACCGCGUCCUCCAACCUCAGCACGGACAGCAUCGACUUCUUCAGCGCCCGCGAGAAAUUUCUGGGCCUGUCCCAAGACGGAAAGGCCCAGACUCUUUCCGAGCAGAUGGCUCAGCGGACGCCUCAGUCGCGGUGCCCCAGCCAGGAGCUGCAGCCGCUGUCCCCCGAGAACCCUGCUGGAGCACUGCCAACACUGCCAAGCCCCGAGGAAGAGGAGCAGGGAAAGGUGAGGCGGCCAUUUUAUUUUAUUUACACUGAAAUGACUUUGAAUGAUGAAUGCCAGCCUCCUGUAGUGUCAUUUAUCUAUGGACUUCAGAGCGCCACAGCCCUGCUGAGAGUUACUGAGUGAUUUAACAAGAUUACAGUACUCAACGGAGACAGUCGAUCGAAUGGAUUGUGAUCUAAUUCACUAAUCCAUUAGAUAGGGAGGGAGCAACACAAUGAUGUGUCUUUGGGGAUGGUUUGUACAAUACUGCCACCUAUUGGAAGAACCUUUACAUAUGAUCAGUUUCCAUUGCUAAUAUGUUAAGCUUGUUUAUCAGAGGCCCUAUGUAUCAAGCGUCUCAGACUAGGAGUGCUGAUUUUAGGAUCAGUUCUGUCUUUUAGAUCACAAUUAAUAAGAUUAUCUUGACAGGGGGACUUGAUCCUAGAUCAGCACUCUGAGGCGCUUGAUACGGCCCCAGACCUUUUAGACAGCUGUUGUCUACAGACUUUGUAAUGGUGGCGUCAUUCUCUUUCUUUCUGUAAAAUGUAUUUUGGUAGCUUUUAGUGACGCUCCAGCAUUAAUACCAAGUUAACUGUGCUUAGAUAUCAUUCAAAGCAGACAUUCAAACUAUUCUCUCUGUUCCGUCUCUAUCUCAGAGUUCCCCCCAUACGGAGGACGGUAGCGACCGAUCCAGUCACGACAACGGCGUGUCAGUCCGCCAUAUCGUCACGGAGAUAGAGUCCAUAUGCCACCCCCCGGCAGCGGCGCCACUCUCCUCCACCCAGCCGGCCCCCCGCAGCCCUCAGCAGCUGCGCCCAGACGACCGGGACGAGGAGACCCCACUGACCUCGCCCUCCUCCUAUCCACAGUCCCCCUCCACGCCUCCCUCGGAUUGGCCGGCCGGCUCGGUGCGCAGGGCCACCAAACAGCUGGAGCAAAGGCUGAGGCAGGAGCUGGACUUACCGCUCAGCAACACGUCUACCCAGCGCUCCCCUCUCCACUCCCCCAGUGCAGAGUUCCACCCCACGUGCUCCCCUCUCCAUACGACAAGCACUGACUGCCCACCCCUCCUCACUCCUACCACAGACUGCCCCGAGCAGCAUAGGCCUACCCCUGCUCCUGAGCAAGGAAGAACUCUGAACGAGACUUUCACUGUGUCUGCAGAGCCCAAAGGAGAGACAGAGUUAACCAGAGAGACAGAGCAGGGAGGGUUUGUCGUCUCAGACAUGGACAUUGCCCCAGCCCCAGCCCCUUCCUUCUCUCACUACCCAGACGCCCGCCACACCCCUGAGCCCAUCCCAAUCAUCGUGUGCCCUUCUGUGGAGCCAUCUAUGGCCCUGCCUCAGGCCUCCCACUCCCCCGUACUGCUGUGGCUGGAGGGGGUGACGGCCCAGGACUCAGACACGGAUGGCCCCUCCCCUCCCCCGCCCCACCACGGAAGGCUGGCCCUGGCACGCAGCAGUGAGGAGCUGGAGAAGAUCCAGGAGACCCUGAGGGAGCUGCAGGCCUUCCUGUACGAGGCGGGGGGCCUGGGACUGGGGACUGGAGUGAGACCUGGUCAGGGGCAGCAUCACAGGGAGACGCCCGUAUGGCAGAGGGCCAUGGAGAUCGAGUCGCGGAUCCGCCAGGCGGGCCUCACGCCCCCUUCCCUGAUGAAGCGCUCAGCCUCGCUGGCCAAGCUGGACUGCCUGGAGCUGUCAGCCAAUGACCUGAGUGACUGGGACCUACGGCCCACCUCCGCCAGCCCUCACGGACCCCCAUUGAUGCCCACCCCUCACUCCCGCUACCACCAUCAUCCCAGCUUAGACGAUGUCUCCAAGAAGCAGCGGGUGUUGUCCCGGAGCCCCCCCAUCACCCCCAGGGCCCCCUUAGGGGGGGUGUACCCACUGGACCCAGACAGGACUGAUAGGGGCUCCCAGAAUGCAGGGAGUGAUCCCCCCUCUCCCUCCUCACCUCCAUCUCUUGUUCUUCAAGGGGAGGAGGAGCUAGAGACAGACCUCUCCCCCCGGCUCACCCGCAACCAGUCCCCGAAGAGCGCUCCCGACGUCACUAUGACAACCACGCAGCAGCAGCCCUGCGGGAAGAGUCACCCGCUGCGGCGGCUCCGCAAGGCUGCAGACAAGAAACGGCCUUCCACUGUGCUCUACAACACCAUGUGACCUCACUGUACUCGGCCCUAGGCCGAGGGUGUCUAUGAGUGUGUAUGUGUGCGAGAAUGUGUGUGUGUGGUGGCCUAGGCCCUACAUGUGCACUAUGGUCCAGACUGUCUCCCUUGGGCCCUUGUCUGUAGUGUGUGUGUGUGUGUGCGCUGACUAGCUGUGUUGGACCCUAUGUAAUCUGUUAGUGUGGACUUGUGGUCCGUGUAUAUUCAGGUGAAUGCUAAGUAUGUGGAGGUUUGUCUGUUACUGUAGGUGCGUCUCCCCCCUCCCCCCUCCCAUUUAUGGUUUCUAAAACAGUUGUAAUUUCUACAACUAAAAUGAGGGGGCUGUUUCUCAAAAAACAUGCACUUUACUCCUGUUUUAAUCUUUUUUUAAAGUUGUUUUUACCUGGGGAGUAUUUUUGCACUGAUUCUAUGGUAGCCUGUCUGUGUGUAUCUGUUGUAUGUGAAGAGAAGUGUAAGUCACGUCCUUUAUUCUUAUUUUAAACAAGACAAAGUUGAUAUUCUUUUUUUAUCCUGUUCUUAGCUGUGACUAUUAAAGAAACAAAAGUACAUACA